GAGAAGAGAAGGAUUAAGGAAGGGAGAGCUUUAGAGCGAGAGAGAGCUGCCUUGGCCUUGCCUUCUCCUCUGAGUGUGAAAGAAAGAAAGAAAAACAUCUUCCAUUUCUUCAAUUUCAUUCAAACAAUGGCCUCUGCAACAACUCUCUCCUUGUGUUCUUCUCUCACUGCUCAAUGCAAAAUCUCACACAAAUGGCGUACCCACCACCUUCCCCUCUCCAAUCCCAACCUCACAUUUCUCUCUCUUUCUUCCCCAAACCUCUCUCUCUCUUCCGCUACUCCCUCUCACCGCAUCCACUCCCCACUUCCUCCCAAAGCCUCCCAGUCUGAAGCGCCGGUUCUAGAGGCCACCGAGCUCGACGCGCCCAACCCUGAAGACGCCAAAAUCGUCGAGGUCUCCUCAGAGGAACCACAAGUCGCUGCUUCGGAGGAGCCAGCUCCCAAGCGUGAGGAAAUCUUCGCUGUGGUUAUGAUAGGUUCGCGCCAAUACAUUGUAUUUCCCGGACGGUGGAUCAAAACUCAAAGACUUAAAGGUGCCAAUGUCGAUGAUAAGAUUGUUCUUAAGAAGGUUCUGCUAGUGGGAACAAAAACAAGUACCUACAUUGGCAAGCCAGUGGUGACAAAUGCUGCUGUGCAUGCGGUAGUUGAAGAACAGGCAUUAGAUCGCAAAGUGAUUGUCUUCAAGUACAAGAAGAAGAAAAACUACAGGAGAAAUAUUGGCCACCGCCAGCCAAUUACCCGGAUAAGGAUAACAGGCAUCACAGGCUAUCAAGAUUAUCCUGCUGUCACACUUGACUCGUAGGAGUUAUGGAGGUUGGUGUAUGAUGAGCAAAUCUGAAUAUUUUGUGAAGGAAAUCUAUAAUCCCUUUUGUUUGUAAGAUAUCUUUAAUUAAAUUUCAACUUUUAACAGUGAAAUUUAGUUCAGUGAUUAUUUUAUCCCUCUUAAUAGUUCCUUUUAAGCAAA